GUCUUAAGUUUUGUACUGGGCGCUGUACAUUGAAUCGAAUUCACAGCGCCAGUUUUCAGAUUGCGCGUGUCUUCACAUGAAAUGGAUGUAGUACAGAGACUAGCCAAGGCCUUAGCUUCCAACCAGCAAAAAGUGAGAUGGAGGGCGCAAAAGCAAGUAAAAUUGCUUCUUUCAAAAAAGUCGCCAAAUGGAAAAAAUGAGUGGACUUAUGAGCAAAUGUUGGGAAUUUGUAAAGGCCUUCACUACAGUUUAUGGAUGCAAGACAAACUUCUUCUACAGGAGCAAACUGUCACGCGGUUAUGCAACAUACUAGUACACAUUCCGGACCAUACAACUAUAAUUUAUUACUUAUAUGCCAUGUUUGAGACUAUGGCUAGAGAAUGGGAUAAACUAGAUUACUGGAGGGUUGACAAAUUUAUGCUGCUUGCACGAGAAUUUUUCACUAAAGGUCUUCAACACAUAUCACAUAAGAGGCCUGCAGUUUUGGGGGCCUUCAUAGACGCUGUGUUCAGCAAGGUGUUAAAUAACAAUGUCGAUCAUGCUGUUGGCUUGAAAAUGCAUUUCUGUACUUUGAUAAAGGAAGAACUCCCGAAAAAGAAAGUCAAAAUGCAGUCUGUGCAGUUGAUCUUUAAACAUCUUUUGGUGCUUCUAGCCUCUCUUCCAAGACACAAUACUUACUCCAGUAAUGUUUUAGCCCUGGUCACACAGAUAACCAAACUUGUUAAGAGACGUUCACAAUGUUCUUUAAGUGAUAUAAUGGAUUGUCUUAAAAAUAUUUUGGUCAGUGAAUUUCCCUAUAAAAACUCUCUGAAAGGAAUCAACGGAUGUUUAGAAAAAGUUAUCGCCUCUAGAGAAGCCAAACAGAAAAAUAGUAACAACGAUGUUCCUCUUCAGAGUAUUGAACCAGUUUCUGAAACAACUAGUUCAACUGUUCCUACUGUCCAUGAAGAGGAGAAUUUAAAAACUCUGUCGAAGCCUAAGUGUAAAAAAAAGAAGCUGAAGGUGGCGAAGAAGAAAAAAGCGGUUUCUAAAAAGCGUGCAUUCACUGAAAUCGAUGUAGAUUCCAUUUUUGCUUAUUUUUCUUUUCAGUCCACAGAUGCAAGCUUAGAUGAUAAGAUUGAAGAUUCAGUGCAGGAAUUUUGUCCCAAAAAAGUUAAGUUGGAGAUAAACACAAAGUGUGUUGACAAAUGUACAGUAGAGUCAGACGUCCUUUCUUGUAGCGCUGAGAGUUCCAGUGAUAUUUCCAAACCGAAUAUUGCUCAGUUUAUAUCCCCUAGCAUUUCAGUUGAUAUGGAUUCCAGUGACCGUGAAAAACGUCUUCUAAACACUCCACUUUCAUCAGAAAGACGAGUAUCUUUUGGAAAGGUAUUUCGAAAGAAAUUCAAUGCGGCUCGUUGUAUUUCAUUGACUCCACCGGUUAGUGUUACUCCAGCUAAAGGAAUCUUGAGAAGUAAGAGUAAGUGUUAAAUUUCUUCUCUCAUUUUUUUCUGCAGAGUCCAUAUCUGAAGAAGUGAAAAAUAAGGUCUCUUUUUAAUUCGAGAGAUAUUUAUGUACAUAAUAAAUUAGAUUAAAACUGUGCA